AGCUGCGCGAUCGAUAUCGAUGGCUACAUUUUGGUGUAUGCGAUUGAUGAUCGACGAUCGUUUGAAAUUGUGCAGUCGAUCUACGACAAAAUAAUGGAGAAUUUUGGCGACAAGAACAUACCGAUUGUGGUUGUAGGCAACAAGCUGGAUUUGCAGUUCAGCGCUCGCCGCGUUACAACCGAAGAGGGCAAACAUUUGGCGGCAUCAUGGAAUGCUGCGUUUCUGGAAACAUCAGCCAAGGAUAAUACUGUAAGAUGA